AUGUCGGUGGCGAUCAUCACAGGCGCCAGCUCAGGAAUUGGUCGCGCCACGGCAUUUCUACUCGCCAAAAACCAUUAUAAAUUAUCGUUGACUGGAAGAAACAUUGAGGCGCUCAAAGAAGUUGCGUCGCUUUGCACAAGGAAUUAUGGUCUCAACGAGAACGAUGUUGUUAUCACUCAAGGAGAGUUGACUGCAGAAGAAACGCCGAAAAAUGUUGUGGACGCGACAAUCUCGAAAUUUGGAAAAAUUGAUACCCUUAUCAACUCGGCUGGCAUCCUCAAAGCUGGUCCGGUUCUCGAAUCGGGUCUCGAGGUUUACGAUGAGAUUAUGAAUGUGAAUGUUCGUAGUUUGAUCCGAAUGACUCGCACCGCAUUGCCGCAUAUUAUUAACAGCAAGGGGACUGUUGUCAAUGUGAGCAGUAUCAACGGACCAUGUCCUUUUCCGAAUGUCACCUACUAUUGUAUGUCGAAAUCGGCGGUCGAUCAGUUCACGAAAUGUUUGGCACUUGAGAUGGCGCCGAAUGGUGUCCGCGUGAACGCUGUGAACCCUGGUGUUACUGUAACCAAUCUUCACAGAACGUCUGGACAGGAUGAAGCCACUUAUCAGGCGUUUUUGGAAAAAUCGAAGACAACUCACGCUCUUGGCCGUCCCGGAAAUGCUGACGAGGUCGCUGAGGCGAUUUUGUUCUUGGCCUCAUCGAAAAGCUCGUUUACCACUGGCCAAUUGCUUCGUGUUGAUGGAGGCCGCGGAAUCAUGCACCCACGAUAA